AAUUAUUUAACAAGACGCGAGUGCCGAGGCUGUGUUGAUUUCUAAUUAUUAUUUUUCCAAAUAAUCUUGUUAAUAAUCAGCUUUGAAAUGGCUCGUAAUAUCAUUAAAUUGGGAGCCCUUGAAGCCCAAAAGACCGCUUUCCUGUUAUGUGAUAUUCAAGAAACUUUUCGACCUCACGUAAAACACUUUGGCGAAGUCGUAAAGGUUGCGAAUAAAAUGAUGGAAGCAGCGAAACACUUCAAAAUCCCAGUUUACAUAUCGGAACAGUACCCCAAAGGACUCGGACACACAACCAAAGACAUUAACGUUGCAGACGCAGCUUUAGUGUACGAAAAGACAAAGUUUUCCAUGUACACACCUGAGUUGCAGGAGAAAUUGAAGAAAGAUGUGCCUGAUUUGAGUGCUAUUGUUUUAUUUGGAAUUGAGGCGCAUGUAUGCAUAGAGCAAACAGUAAUAGAUUUACUCAAUGAAAAUUUAGCAGUACAUGUCUUAGCUGAUGGAGUAUCUUCGAGGUCUCUUAUGGAUAGGCAAUUGGCUUUACAGCGGUUACAAUCAAUCGGCUGUUUCGUAGGUACAUCGGAGAAUGUUCUCUUCAAACUACUAAGGGACAAGAAUAAUCCAGCUUUUAAAGCUAUCUCCAAAUUAAAUACAACACCCACAGCCGAUGAGUUUGGUGUGAAUACCCGCAAAUCUGUAUUGUAAAAAAAAAAAAAAAAAAUACAAAAUAAAAAAAUAAAGCUAUUGCAUUCUAUGCCUUCAAGCCACACCUCCGCCCAUCGGAAUGGGGAGCGUGAGG